GACUGAACAGCGAAAGAACAUCGCUGGCGGGUCGUCGUGAUGUACGGUGGAGUUGGAGUAUUGUGCGUUGGCAAGAGAGGAAAAUGAACAGUGUUUAUUAAGCUGAACUUGCACAUUCUUUAAGAGGAUGAAAACUAAUAGGAGGUAACGAGGUGCUUGAAGAUGUGUUGAAGGAAUUAGAUGUAACUGGUACUGAGAAAGGCAUCUAGUGUGCUACUGCGAAAUAACAAUACGAAUUCCAAGAGAGAAAAACUGGGGCGUCGAUUUGUGCAACCAAAAACUGUUAUGCUCAUAGUAAUAAACAGACUCUUACAACAUAAUUCGGUACCUAUAAGUCCAAGGGGCUUAUAGAUGCAAUGGCGACGAAUGGCGAAAGCAGUCAUCUUGACAGCCAGCUAGACCGGCUAAGUAUAGGAUCGGAGGAAAGCAUAACACGUUCACACAUUGAUGGAGAGCUAAGUAAGGAGGAUGAGGAAGCCUUGGAGAAAUGGGGAUUCCAAUUGAAAGAUCUAUAUCGGCUUGCCCUUAGGUUUUAUAAAGAGAAAGAGGGCAAGGCAGUUCAGUUAUCAUACGAAGCAAAAUGUGGUUUAGUAGCAUUGACAUGCCAAGCGAGGCAUGGGCGUUACAACCCAGGAACUCUCCCACCUCUAGGUGUGCUGGAUGUUAUUGGCAGGGAUCGCAGGUUGGCGUGGCAGCAGUUGGGUACCAUGUCUCCUGAGGAGGCAAUGUGUAACUUUGUGGAGAGGCUAGAUAAUCUGUGUCCAUCCUUCGCUCCAUUUAUUGAAGCUCAUAAACGAGAUGUUGAAGAGAAGGAGAGGCUAGCCCGAGAAGAGGAGGAGAGGCAAAGAGAGGAGGAUGAAAGGAGAAGGUUAGAGGAGGCGGCUCGGCAGCAGGAGGAGGAGGAGAGGGCAAAGCAGGAGCUGCAGAGACGCCAAAUCCAGGAAGCUCUGAACCAGCAGACAUUCCACCAGUUCAAAGCAUAUGCUGAGCAGCAGUAUCCUGGAAACCCGGAACAGCAAGCAGUGCUGGUGAGGCAGCUGCAGGAGCAGCACUACCACCAGUACAUGCAGCAGCUCUACAUCCAGCAGCAGCAGCAGCAGCAGCAAGGGAGGGCCGUGCCCGGCGCCAUGGAUGGUGACACAGAUGAGCAGGCCAGGCUGCUCCAGCACCUCGGCUCCAACGGCACGCUGUCACCCCGGGGCGAGGACAGUGACGACGAGGACGAAAAUGGAGGUGGUCUGCCAACUCCAUCGGCUGCUUCGAUGUGGACUCGAAAGGACAUACGCGAAUUCAAGGAAGCUAUCCGAAGGGAGUCGGGAGAUGCCAUCAUAAAGGUUGGCCAUGGAGAAACAGUAACGGUACGAGUUCCAACACAUGAAGAUGGCACAUGCCUCUUUUGGGAGUUUGCAACAGAUAACUACGACAUUGGUUUCGGAGUAUAUUUUGAAUGGGCGAAACCGACCACCAGUCAAGUUUCUGUUCACAUCGCAGAGAGCGAAGAAGAAGAUGAAGAGGAAUUUGACGACGACGAGGACAAUGACGACCUCGGACUGGGCGAGGACGUCGAGCGAGGGGGCGGUGUCGCGAGCCUGCGGGCGGCAGCGACCGACACGAGCCGGCCGCCACUGUCGGUGAUCGUGCCGGUGUUCCGGCGCGAGUGCCAGCUGGAGGUGUAUGCCGGCAGCCACGUGUACCCGGGCCAGGGCGUCUACCUGCUCAAGUUCGACAACUCGUACAGCCUGUGGCGCUCCAAGACUCUCUACUACCGCGUCUACUACACGCGGUGAGUGUCCAGCGGGGGAUGUGCGGGCCGCUCGUGGCGGCGUAAGUGAGGGCGAUCGAGCACUGUUCUCCUUUCUUAUUUUGAUUUGUCGUGAUGUUGAAUGCUGCGAGUAAAUGUUUGAAACAUGAGUGCAGAUAUCUGCUGUUUACUAAAUUUUCUGAUUUAACACCUCUCUGAAUGUGCAAUAAAUUAGGCGGUGAAGCGUUGAAAUAUGUGUCGCAGUAGUAUCUUGUGAGAGACUUUGAUCUGUACUACUGGCUGUGGUUUUCUGUUAUCUGAUAUGUUUACUGCCUAAAUAUGUUCAUUUCAGGGAACAAUAAUUUCGGUCCUGUACUUUUUAACCCGUUUGUUUUGUAGGAAACCACUAUCCCCAUUCUCGUCUGCCUUAGUGAUCUCUUAUGCUCAAAAUGGAGUAUACUUAACUUUUAAACUAUCAUUUUUGUUUCAUAUGUGCUUAAAUUUGUGCAUGUCGAUCAAACUGAGAUAUAAAAUUCUUUCCUAGCAAUUUUAACACAUGAAUUGCUUUGUAAAUGUGGGCAUGUGUAAGUUGAUACAAAAGUUGCAGAAUGUGUACAAGUAGAUUCAAUAUGUAAAUGGAAAAAUUGGUGGUGUCAUUCAGAAAG